GAACACUGCCUAACUUGACACUGGUCCAGCCUUGCAGGUUCCUUUCCCCCAGGACGACUGGGAGUGACGCAGGGCAGACGGAAAAACCUGGGGCUUGAGGGGGAGGACGGGGCGAACAGCGGUGAUGCAAGGAGGACUAUAGCUUUAAUUUGACAGGUCCAAGCCCGAUGCACGGCCUGCUCGCACGCACGGAGGACAUGAGUGUCAUCUAUAUGCAAGCUUUCCUGUGAGAAAUAAUAAGAAGAAAUCAUCACCUCAUUGGGGCGGAUCAGUUUGGACACACUCCCAGGUAAUCCCCUUUUCUGCACAUGGGAAAGUAGCCUAGUCAUUUAAUUUUCUUACCGUUCACCAAGUUGUAAAUCACAUUCUGUGGGAGGAUAUUUGGACCAAUCUCGCCGUCAUUUUAACAAGUCCUCAUCAUGAACUACCUACGUCGACGACUCUCGGACAGCAAUUUCAUGUCCAACCUGCCCAAUGGCUACAUGGCCGAUCUCCAACGCCCCGACCCGCCGCAGCAAAGCCCUGCAGUGUCGCCGGGGCCAUCGGAGAGGCGCCAGUCGGCCAGUCAGCAGCAGUCUAGCGGUGGAGGUGGAGGCUUCUUCUCAUCCAUAUCCCAUGCUGUCAAACAGACCACAGCUGCUGCCGCUGCGACCUUAUCUGAGGCAGCGGACCGGGCAGGAGUCUCCAGCAGUGCCAAGAUCCUCCUGGUUAUCGAUGACCAGCAGACCGACUGGGUGAAGGUCUUCAGAGGAAGAAAGGUCCACGGUGAAUUUGACAUUAAGGUAGAACAGGCAGAAUUCUCUGAAAUCAACAUGGUGGCAAAUGCUACAGGCACCUAUAAUGUGAACAUUAAUGCAAUCAGGAGUGGACAUAAGGUUACUAAAUCCUUCAAGCCAGACUUUGUUCUGGUCAGGGAGCAUGCUUUCAGCAUGGACAAGAAUGGAGAUCACCGGAACAUAGUCAUUGGCCUGCAAUAUGCUGGAGUGCCAAGUGUUAACUCUUUGCAUUCUGUCUACAACUUCUGUGACAAACCUUGGGUGUUUGCUCAGAUGUCUAGACUCCACAAGCAACUGGGCCCAGAGGAGUUCCCCCUAAUUGAACAGGUUUACUAUCCAAACCACAAGGAAAUGAUUACCUGCCCUCGAUUCCCUGUAGUGGUAAAGAUGGGCCAUGCUCACUCAGGAAUGGGAAAGGUGAAAGUGGACAAUCAGUAUGAUUUUCAAGAUAUUGCAAGUGUUGUGGCACUGACCAAGACUUAUGCCACAUCUGAGCCUUUUAUUGAUGCAAAGUAUGAUGUCCGCAUCCAGAAGAUUGGUAAUAAUUACAAGGCUUACAUGAGAACCUCAAUUUCUGGCAACUGGAAAACAAAUACUGGCUCCUCUAUGCUUGAGCAGGUGGCCAUGUCAGACAAGUACAGAAUGUGGGUGGACUUGUGUGCUGACAUCUUUGGAGGUUUAGACAUCUGUGCUGUGGAAGCUCUGCAUGGUAAAGAUGGCAAGGACUACAUUAUAGAGGUUGAUGACUGCUCAAUGCCGCUGAUUGGGGACCAGCAAGACGAGGAUCGUGUUCAGAUUGCAGAACUGGUGAUUUCUAAGUUGAGCCAGACUGUUCCACAAACUUCAAGUUCCUCCACAGUCCGUGCUGCCACCGGACAGCCAGCACAGAAAGCAGUUUCACCUCAGCCUGUCACACAACCCCGAGUACCACAGGCUCAACAGCGACCUUCACCUCAGGGUGGUCCUCAACAAAGUCCGCCACCUCAGCAGCGCCCACAGCCUCAAGGCCAGCCUCCUGCACAGACCCAGCAAUCUGCUACCAGCCCUGCUACAGGUGACCCCAGUACCCAGACUAAGGCUAAUCAAGGACCCACAGCUCAGCCACGAUCACCCGGUCAGGGAGCUCCUCAAGGUCAGAGGCCUCCUUCUGGCCAGGGCUCUCCUCAGCGAAGCCAGGGAGGUUCCCCGCAAGCUCAGAGGCAACAGUCUGUCUCUCAGCAGCAGAAACCCUCUACAGGAGGUCCAGGCCAGCAAAGGCCUGCCCAGCCCCAGAGGCAGCAGUCACAGGGGAGUCCACAACAGCAAAGGGCUCCUGGCCAGCAAAGUCGUUCUGGAGCACCCACCACCCAGCAGCCCCGACCUGCUGCUCAAGGCCAGGGGGGCCCAGGAGGACGAACCCCACUGCAGCAAAAGCCUCAGCCCCCACAGAAGCCCACUCAGGACAACCUGGCUAUGGGCGGCUCUCCACAACUAAACAAGUCCCAGUCUCUUACCAAUACCUUCAACAUUCCAGAAACCCCAGCGCCACGAGCCAGCCUUAGUCAGGAGGAGGUGAAGGCUGAAACCAUACGCAAUCUACGCAAAUCUUUUGCCAGUCUCUUCUCAGACUGAGACGACAUAACCCCCCCACACACCUCCUCCUCCAACUGACAAAGAGAUGCUCAAGAAAACUGAAGGACUGAUUUCUUCCUCCCCCAGCGAACAAGGACCAACAGGAUGUCGUCUCUAAUCAAUGUACUUUGACCCUGGUAUGAAAAUGUACACACCUGACAUCCACUGCCUAAAUGGAAAAAGAAAUUGCUUCAAAUGAUCAAAAAAUACGCAGUCAAUUUAGGCUCUUUUGUCUGAAACAUUCCUUAUUUCACCUCAAGGUCAUCCACUCAUCAUGUGACACAGUCUGUGAGUGUAGACGCCUGAUCACACACCUCACUCAAAAGCUUGUAUAUGCAUGACCACACAUACACAAAAAUAAGAAACAAAACAACACAACGCUGCUCCCACUUGUUUGUCGGUGCUGUAAAGUUGCUGUGAUCUUUAUGUUCGAACUUCGGUUGGUUUGCGGACCAACCGCAUGAAUCAAUCAAAGUAUGAGAAUUAUUGGUGUGGGGAGGACUGUUGCAUCUUAUCUCAAUUUUAUAUAAAAAAGCAACUGUUUGAUGUAACUAUUUAACCUCUUUUUUACCUAAUUAAUAUCACAAACAUAAAACAUGAAAUAAAAUUUAAAGCAUGGGGUAAGAUAAAAAUAAAAGCCUCCCCUCGCUUUCUACCCUUCCUUUAAUAAAAAAAAAAAGAAGAAGACAAUAUCCUCCCCCUUAUCUGCCCUCCUCUGCACUAAUAAUUUUCAUACUAUCCCUAAUUCAGCACAGCUGCACACACAGGGUGUCCAGUGUUAACUAAUGCUAGAUCUGUUUGAGCUCUUGACUGGUGAUGUCUUAACUGCAUGUCAACACAAGGCAACGGUUGCCUUUUCCAGCCCCCGACAUUGGCGCUUGUAACUGUGUCGUCACAUAUAGUUGAAUUACUUAGUAAAGUAGCCUAGUGGGUGUUGUGAAUAUGUAGUUUUCUUCCUGUUUUUUGUCGCACAAGAACAAAAGCUCAAAAGCCCUCCACCUUCAAAGCAUGCCUUACACAGAAGAGAUCAAAUGGAGCUGUCUCAGGGAUGUCCAGUUGGUUGUGGCACUUGUGUGUGGGUGAAGGUCUUCCAUUACUAUAUUAUUGUGGUUGUUUACCAAUAAUGAAGGAAAAGCAUGCAUUUUGUUGAGGUAGAAUGUCAUUACUGUUUCAAAUGCAUUUGCACACAGAGCAUAACAUGAAGUUAUACUUGAAUACAGUCACAUGAACUGAUAUAUGAAAUCUAUAGUUUCAGGUUUGUUCAUUUGCUACUCAACAAAGGAACAACUCACUGCUCCCAGUCUGCAAUGUCUGUGACAGGUGUGGUACAGUAGGAUAGAGCUUGGCAACUGUUGAAGUACAGUUAGUGAAAAAAUAGAUUAUUUUAUGUUGCAUUUUUUAUUGAUUUCAAAAUAAUGUAAUGAGAAAAACCUACUGUAUGACUGCACACCAGAUACUAAAGGAUUUAGCUGUUAGUAUAUUGUGAUUUUGCAGUGAUGUAACUCAAACCAUGACUGUGUCAUACAGUGAUGCAGAAUAUCUGCUUCCAUAUAUGUCUCUCAGUUUUCAACAUAAUCUGUAAGAAGAGGCCAUACUCCAAAGCAUACUCAGCCAAGGAAUGUUACAUACUGUAUAUGCAGUUCAUCUAUACAAUAAAAAAAGUAAAAUAAUGCAAAAGUAUUUUAAUGUGAACCGUGGUAUGCACCUCUGCAGUAGAUUUAGCAUUCCCUGCCACCCCUCCUUAAAUCGAACAGCCCUUUCUUUGAUCACUACUCUGAAAAUCUGAGCUGGCACUAAAAAUGUCUUCCAGAAGGAGUGCUUUCCAUUCAAGUGCAAACGCAGUGUGUCAACAUCAUGCUUAUUAGAGCCACAAGUAUAAAGGAGUCUUGGUUCCCUUGCAGAUUCUCCAUGCUGCCUGUGUUUAUCAGUCUGUUUGUGUAGCCACAGUGACCCCUUGUGCUCAAUGGUGCAUAAUGUGUGAAUGUUCUGUAACCGUUCAAACCAAAUAGAUGUGCUGUACAGAGCUCUGAGUGAUGCAGAGUGUCACAUUUAUCCCCCUUGCUGCUCUUUGUGCUUGCUGAUAUUAUAUGUGUCUCUGACCUUUUUAAUUUUGCUUCUUUAAUUCGUGCAUUUUCGUUUCAGUUAUUUUGAACGUGCUUCAUUUUUUUUUUCUGUGAGGCAAAACUAUUUGGUACUUGUAAGUUUAUGCAUCAGUGAUUCUGGGCUUCAUUUUUAAAUUUUACACCGACUCAGUACACUGUUGUUAAAUUUAUCAUGGCACAACCUACUGCCAGGGAAAUCAGUAAGAGCAGCUUUGUGUAAUUGUUACACUGAGUGUGUAAUUUAUAAAAAUGAGCCAUCACAACCAGCAUGGGUGUCUAACUCUGUCACUCAGAGGCCUCUUGGCCAUGUUAAGAUAUACCAUUUGCCAUGGCACCGCCUGAGACUGACAAACUAGACGGUAAUAGCAAUGCAAAUAACUGGUUUUAUGUACUUAUGUUUUUGAUGUUCACUUUUUUUUAAAGUUUAGAUUAGUUACGGUUGAUAUAAUUGACCAUGAAUGGACGUUGUUUUCUUUGUUACCACUAGUUUUAUUGUUUUUAAAUGCAUUGUAAAAUCACAGUGAAAAGACUGGAUGCUUAAGUGAUUGUCAGCUUUAAACUUCAUAAAUGUGAGUGCAAAAAUCAAAAAGCUGAAGUUUUUGUUAAUCAGAAAAUAAGUUACUGCAUAAUGCAAAUCAUAGUGGAUUAUUGAAUUAAGUGUAAAAAAAAUUGAUGUUAUAUGCAUUGUAGCUAUAUUAUGUGAAAAUGAGUAUGUUAUUAAACAUGCACAUGUCUAAUAAAGUCUGUGAUCAACAAUG